AUGCUUUCAGAAGAAACACGGACCAUUGUCAAAGCUACAGUUCCUGCCUUAGAAGCUAAAGGUGUUGAAAUUACUACUACUUUUUAUAAGCAUAUGCUAGGCGAGAACUCUGAACUGUUGGAUGUUUUCAAUAGAACAAACCAAAAGAAAGGUGCUCAACCAACUGCUUUGGCCACCACUGUUCUAGCUGCUGCGAAGAACAUCGAUGAUUUAUCUCCAUUAUUACCAUAUGUUAGACAAAUUGGUCAAAAGCAUCGUGCUUUACAGAUUAAACCAGACCAAUAUCAAAUUGUUGGUAAAUAUUUAUUAAUAGCUAUUAAGGAAGUGCUUGGCGAUGCUGCUACCCCAGAAAUCAUGAAUGCUUGGAAAGAAGCUUAUGGAGAAAUUGCUAAUGUAUUUAUUACCAUUGAGGCUGAAAUGUAUAGAGAGCAAGCUUGGCCAGGCUGGAAAGAAUUCAAAGUCACCAAUUUAGAAUCUGUUGGAACUAAUAUUUUAGAAGUUACUGUCAUUCCAGAACCUCAAUCUAACGUUGAUUUGUCCAAAUUAACAAUUGUUGCAGGCCAAUAUAUCACUGUUAAUACUCAUCCAAUAAGACAAGACAAUCAGCAUGAUGCAUUGCGUCAUUAUUCAAUCUGUUCCAUCUCGACCGCAGAUGGUAUUAAAUUUGCUGUUAAAUUAGAAAAUGAUGGUACUCAUCCAGCAGGUUUGGUUUCUGAAUAUAUUCAUAAGGAUUUAAAAAUUGGCGAUUCCAUAAAGUUAAGUGCGCCAGCAGGUGAUUUCGAAUUAGAUGAAAAGUUAUUAAAGCAAAAUGAAAUUCCAUUAGUCUUAUUAUCCGGUGGUGUUGGUGUAACGCCAAUAUUGUCUAUGUUGGAGACUCAAGUAAAGGUCAAUCCAAAUAGACCAAUUUGUUGGAUUCAAACAUCCUAUGAUGAGGAUGCCCAGGCAUUCAAGAAAACUGUCAAUGAAUUAUUGAAGAAGUGUUCCAGUGUUCAAACUUUUUACGUUCAUACCAAGAACGAUAAGCCCAUUGAUUCAGAGUUCUUGAAGACAAAUGUUCCAUCUCAUGCAGAUGUUUAUUUGUGUGGCUCAUUAGAAUUCAUGAAAGCCAUGAUCAACUAUUUCAGCCUAUUGAAUCACAAAUCCGAUACUGUUCAUUAUGAGCCAUUUGGUCCAAAAAUGUCUACCAUUACAGUUUAA